AUGUCUACUACCCGUUAUCCUGAUAUAGUUCAACAAGCAUUACAUAAUGAUGAUGCUAAUCGUCGUCCUUCAAUGAGUGAUCAAAAUACAGCAAGCGAUGACAGUGCUAGUUAUCCAUCAGGUCAAGAAGCUCGACGUUCAUCACUAUCACAUGAACCAACAGCUAUGGAACAAAAAUGUCUUGAUGACUGGGGAUUUUAA